UGAUACUGCAAUAUCAGAUGUCGCCGGUUGAUAUAUGCUUAAACAGGUUAACCUUGUUUAAAAAUCAAAAUGAACAAGCUACUUUUACUGCUCAUUCUAACAUUUGGCCAAAUUCAUCUUUCGAAAUUGGAAGAUCCUCUAGUCGAGUUACCUAACGGAGAAAUUGUGGGACGCGAAGAUGUAACAGCUGAAAGCAAAACAUAUUAUGCUUUUGAAAAAAUUCCAUACGCGGCUCCUCCUGUUGGGGACUUGCGCUUCCAACCUCCUCAACCUGUCGAAAACUGGGAUGGAAUACUUAAUACCACCAACUUGGACAUAUCUUGUUAUCAACUUAAUAACCGUAUGAAAAUGCCUCCUCAACUAGGUCAGUCGGAAGACUGCCUCUUUCUCAACGUUUUCACCCCAAAGCUUCCUUCUCCUGAAGACGAAGAACUAUUACCUGUAAUGCUUUUUAUUCACGGGGGUGGUUUUGUUGGUGGAUCAGCCGGCAACAACCCACCUGAUCUUUUCAUCAACAAAGAUGUCAUAUUAGUUACGAUUAACUACAGGCUGGGUGUAUUUGGUUUCAUCUCGACUCAAGAUGACAUCAUUCCUGGAAAUAACGGUCUAAAAGAUCAACUGCAAGCCUUAAAAUGGACCAACCAAAAUAUUCAUCUAUUUGGUGGUGAUCCCGAAAGAGUUACCAUUUUUGGACAAAGUGCUGGUGCAGGUUCUGUGGCUCAUCUUACAUUAAACCAAAACGCUUUAGGUUUAUUCCAAGGAGCUAUAAUGGAAAGUGGUACCUCUUUGUGCACCGGCAUGUUCCAACGAAAUUCAAGGUCAAUAGCUUUUGGAACCGGAGCCAUUAUAGAUUCCACUUUUGAAACAAGCGAGGACUCACAAGCACUGUUAGAAUUGUUGCGAAGUGUGAGUGCUGAUGACUUAAACGCAGCAGCAACUGAGCACACUACUGCUAUUACCAACAGUUGGGACAACUUCUUAGAAGUAGGAAGCGUCUUUGCACCUGUGAUUGAGGCAAAAAAUCCAGAUGCGUUUAUAACUAAGAAAAUGUAUGGAUUGAUUAAAGCGGGCAAUGUGGUACCUGUGCCCAUUAUUUUGGGAUAUAACUCAGAAGAAAAACUUGGAAUGGCAGGAAGUCAAGAUGAAGUAGCCACAAUUGCAGCAAUACUAGACGAAAAUUUGGACUACCUAGUACCGGCUGAUAUGCAAAUUACCGAUUUAGAUAGUCGUACUGAAAUGGGAAGCAAAAUAAGAGAAAUAUACACCGGUGGAGAACCUUUUGGUGAUCAUUUGGGGGACACCGUCCGAUUUUCUAGCGACAAUUUCUUAUCGAGGUCGAUGGGUAAACACGCUGAGCUUUUCUCCCAGUCCGCUGCAACAUACUUCUACGAAUUUUCAUACCAAGGUAGUUUAGGUCCUGGACCAAGAGACGGUGAUGGUACCACUGGAGUAUCUCAUGGGGGAGAAAUGCAGUACUUGUUCUGCAGUGGUACCAGCUGUACUGAUGCAGAUGAAGCAGAUUUGUUGGAAAGAGAAAGAAUGAUCACCUUGUGGACAAAUUUUGCUAAAUAUCAAAAUCCGACGCCGGAACCAGUGGAACUGUUGCAAAAUAUUACAUGGACUCCAGUUUCUACAGACACUGGAGACUUCUUUUAUCUUAAUAUUGAUGCAGAUCUUGAGGUUGCCAAUCAUCCGAAAGGUGAAGCGUAUUUGAAGUGGUUGGAAUUGUAUGACAGUAUAGACUAUGAUGACUUUGACACUUUUUAAGAAAUUGAAACUGGAAUUUGUUUAUUACUAAAUAAAAAUACUAAUUAUAAGGAU